AUGAAGACGACAGAAGCUACCACUUAUAAACACGUGGAAAACACUCGGACACCGUCGAAAACGGACGCGAUAAAACCGCGUUUUAAGGAAGAGACUAUGAAAGGCCAGAUUCAGUCUAGCGGUAUAAAUUCAACAGACGUCAACGAUCUCCCCAACCUAUCUCGCGAGUUGAAGGAACUCAUUAUAUUACUGUCCAAAACUGCGAGAGCUCAGCGUGCCAUAAAGGUUUCAACACCUUCAGAUGUUGAUGGCACGAAAAGAGAGAAUGAUCAGGGGACGGUGAAUGAAGAGAGAUAUUCCGGUGAUACAAGUUCCGUCACCCUUCCCCAUAAAGGCGAAGUUAAAGUUGAAAGAAAUUUUUCAUCAACAACCAUCUCGGCAAGUCGAGGGGCACAAGAUCAGAAAACAGUCGAACUAACGGGUUCAUCGGAAAAUGCCAAAUCAGCAAAGGACUAUAUAAUAGAUUCGAAGUUCAUGCAGAUGAACGAGAUGGAUUCUUAUUCACAACAAUCUCAAGACAUGGAUUGUGAUAGUGAUAAUGAACAUGACUUGGAGGAGGGUGCAUCACACGGAAAAACCCUGAAUAAGCAAUCUCAGCACAAUGCGAACGAUGAAAUUGUUCCGUCGCAUUCACCUAAGCAAAAGUUGCACUCCGAUAAAGGGCCUACGUCUAGUAUCAAGGGAGUACGCUUUGCAGUGGACUUGAGACCAUCACCACCAUCCACACGUUCAAGCUUAGCAAACGUUAACUUGCCAGAAGCAUCUUUGCUUCGUUCGAAUGCAUCGACUAAGAAAUCCCAAAAUAGUUUACGAUCGUCCCACACGAAUUUUACGAAUUCACAACCUUCUUUACCAUCAUUCGUACCUGCACCUAGUCAAGUAGCUCCUCGUCCACCAGAAACAUCAUUUCCUUCCGGAAUCGGUCAAUAUCAUAUGAUGCAAUCUUUACAUUUCGUCCACGGCAAUCCUCGCGUGUCACUGCCGGCGGCAAAUCCAACUUACAUAUAUCCCAAUCAAUGUUUGCCAGCACCAUAUAACAUAUAUCAACAAUGGACUCCCUUCACUCACAAUAAUAAGCGAAACUCGCAUUGGGGUAUCACACCAAACUAUCGAAGGUACCAUUGA